AUGCUCAGCCGCAGCCUCAGCAUCCUCCUCUUGGGUCUCAUCGCCCUCCUCUCCUUGGCCACCCCCGCCGCCGCCGGCCCAGACUUCUGGGCCAUGUGGAACAACCGCAACCGCUGUUUGCAAAAGGACCCCCGCGUCGUGGCCGCAAUCGGUGUAUUCUGCAAUAGAAACUUCUACACUGGACAUGCUUAUGCCGCUCAAGGCAUCUCAUUCGAAGGCGUCGCACUGGGCGUUGGCGCUAGCUGCGCUUAUGGAACUUUUGUUCCUCAGGUUUGGUGUGAGAGUCAGAUGUUGGAGACGUGCGCCAUGGGUAAUGGCAAGGGUCGUGGAAACAGGGGCUAUGAUAACGGAUGCCAGCACUUUUGGAUCAUCAACGGUUAG